AUCAAUAAGCGACACUGUGAAGACAUCGGGUGAUUGAGUUCACACUUCAAUCAAAGUAACAAAGUGCACUUCAUUGAGCUUAACUGAAAUACCGCGUCAACCGCUUCUGUUUCUCUUUCUUCCGUGAACAUUCUCCAUCGUAAUAAAAGUGCAUACGCAAAAAUGACAGUUAGACUAAUGCUACAGAUUUGAUGCAAUUAAAAGCGUUGACCUCAUGGUGUUCAACAGAGUUCAGCGGUUAAUGCAUAUGAAUGAACCAGUUUGCUGCAUCAGAAACCAAACUGACACACUUAUUUGUUUCAAUAGAGUCCAGUUCUGGGUACAGUCGUUCGGUUGGUAGUAGAUGCAGAAUUCUCAAAGCUAUAGAACAGAACAUCAGUGUAGUGAACAGUCAAUUAAAAUGUGUUUUCGUUUAGUACACAUCGUCUUAGGGUUGUUAAUAACACUACUGCAUUUCACGAGAUCCAGUUCGCCAAGAUGUGUUGUAAAAUACGAAAACGGUGUUGGUACCGGCCUGCUGAAUGAAACCUUUACGAAACGGCUUUACUGUGCGUAUCUCGGAAUCCCUUACGUGCAGCCACCAGUCGGGGAACUGCGAUUCGAGGACCCGGUCCCAAGUUUUUUCAAUGGUUCAGUAGAUUUCCACCACGUUCGAAGUCCCUGCACGCAGGUUGUAACCCUGGAAGGAACAGAAGAUUGCCUGUAUUUGAAUAUUUACACUACACACGUUAGUGGAACUGCUAGACGUCCUAAAAAGAUGCCAGUGCUUGUCUGGGUACACGGAGGAAGCUUUACUGAAGGAUCAUCCGAAACGGAUAUUUUCGGACCGGAACCAAUACUAGACAAGGAUAUAAUUGUAGUUACAUUUAAUUACCGUCUUGCAUCAUUUGGAUUCCUCGGAAUCGUAGAUUUGGAUAUUCAUUCAAACCUGGGCCUGAGAGACCAAACUGAGGCAUUUCGAUGGGUCAAUAGGAACAUUCGUAACUUCGGUGGGAAUCCAAACCGAGUUACACUACUGGGAUGGAGUGCGGGAGCGGCAUCUGUCACGUAUCAUAUGUACACAGUAGCUUCAAAGGAAUUGUUCCAAAAUGUUAUUGCCAUGAGUGGAACAAUGACGCAGCCGUGGGCAUAUAAUUUUGACCCACAGGGAUGUAGCAACGAUUAUCUCAACAAAAUUGACGCUACCACCAAAGAAGAGUUGAAAGCACGACCAGAAAAAUUAAUGAUUCCUUAUUUAGAGCUAUUCAAAACUCAUUGCUACAUGCCGAGCGAAGAUCCAAUAUAUGCGCCGAAGAAUCCGUACGCUAUGGUUCAGGAGAUCGCUCCCUUAAACGAUGUACCGCUUCUUAUCGGAACCACACGAAUAGAACACCAGGCGUAUUUUAUUAACAAUGGCUUCUAUGACAUCCCUUCAAAUUGUCCCAAUACGAACGCCACCAUUCAAGAGCGAAUCCUAAAUUUUCUGACACAUACUUGGGCCAAUCGAUCGGUUAGCAAAUCGGCCCUAUUAGCCACCGGUGACAUUUUGUUUGGUGUCAACUAUUUCAUCAAAAAUGCAGCAUUGCACUUCGAAUCACCCAUCUACCGUUACAAGUUUUCAUUCGACGGUCCUUUUGGCUAUCCUAAGAAUGUCGCUUAUCGGAAUGAAAGACCUCGUACAAUACCUGGAGCCAUGCACGGAGAUGACUUAGGCUACAUUUUCACGCCGUACAACUACCGAAACAUGCUUGUCCUGAAUCAAUCGUCCAGUGAGUUUCAGCCGUAUAAAAAGUCACUCAGAAUGCAACGCCAAAUGGUGCGCCUAUGGACGAAUUUCAUCAAAUCUAACAAUCCAACGCCGAACAAUAGGAGAAUCAAUCAGACAAUAUGGCAUCCCUAUAACGACCGGAAUCCGCAGCUGGCCGGGCAAUAUCUCGAUAUCGGAAAACGGCUUCGGAUGACACGGGAUCAGGCCAUCGAAAAUUACUACCAGCGCCUGUGGGGAUUGAUUUUCGGCUGCCUUUAUCACUACGAAUGCGAUUUUUUGGAUGCAAAUCAAGAUAAUGGCAAUUAAUGAAAACUCAGUUUAUGCAAUAAUCAAAUGGAAGAGCUUAUGUUUAUAAAUCAUAAAUUUGUGCACAUUUAUAUAUUCUUUUUUCAGAGCAGUUUUUAGA